AUGAAUCAUCAGCAUUAAGCGAUAAAGAGGACUCAAUCCUGUGCAAAUAAGUAAGUCUUCUAGCUAGCUUCCCAAUCACAUACUAAUUAAAAUUUGAAUAGAGAGAUGCGAGGAAAUAAACUUGUAACUGGUAUAAAUUUAAUGCAGCCAGAUCAUGACGGCUAUGAGAGAAAAGAUAAUGGUGUGAGUAGAGAUUUGCAAGCAAUGGGUUUAAUUACUUAAGUAAGACAAGGAGAAGACACUCCUACUGUUGUUGGUCUCAGUGGAAAGCCUUUGAAUUACCAAGCCAAUUACUCUCCUAAUCAUAACAAAAAUGAUUUGGAAUACGAUAUGAAUAUGUAAAGAUAGAACAGCAGCAAACAGCCUGCUCUACUCAAGCCUUAAAGAUCGGAUGUUAUUGGUAGAAAGACAUUGGUCCUUGACUUAGAUGAGACACUGGUACAUUCCUCUUUUAAGGCGCCAAAGAAAGCUGAUAUUGUCUUGCCUGUUGAUAUCGAGGGAAGAACUUGCAAAGUAUUUGUCCUUGUGAGGCCAGGCUGUUUGCAGUUCCUAAAUGAAAUGGCCAAAUACUAUGAAGUUGUUAUUUUUACUGCAUCUUUGUCUAAAUAUGCUGACCCCCUUAUGGACAUUCUGGAUGAGUAGAAUGUUGCUCCACAAAGGCUAUUUAGAGAACACUGCACUUUUUAAAAUGGUAUCUUUGUAAAAGAUAUGGCUAAACUUGGCAGACCCAUGAAAGAUAUCAUCAUUAUUGACAAUUCACCUCAAAGCUAUUCCUUCCAACCAGAAAACGGCAUGCCAAUCUUAUCUUGGUACGAGGAAAGAAACGAUAACAAGCUUUUAGAAUUGAUUCCUGUUCUCAUUUAAUUAUCUUAAGUCCCGGACGUCAGACCAGUUCUUUUAGAGUGCUGUUCCAAAGAUAAUGUGUACUAAUGUGAUAAAUCCUUGAAGCUUUGCGACAGAAUCAUUCAGCAAGUUAAAGAAGAGCAAAGAGCAUAACAAUGGCAAGAAUAAUAAUAAUAGUAGCAGCAAUAAAGACAGUUUAAAGCAACUCAACCUCAGGAUUAAAUAACUCAGUAAUAAUAGUAGUAGUAAUCUCAUUUCAGAACCCCUAAAACAGCUGCUAAUACUAAUGAUCUGGAAAAUACAUAAGAAAUUUGUAGAAUUACUACAGAGGAUGGAGCUGGAAUAGAUGAUGAUGUAAAAAAAUUGAGAGGAAUCAGCUAAACUGUUAACCAAAAGGUGCAAGAAAAGAAUAUUAAGAUGUCUGAUGUCAGAUUAGCAAAUUAAUAAAAGGACUCAGUUAGAAAAAGCGCCAUGGUCCUACCAAUAGAUUUAAAUAAUCAGGUAAAAGAUGCGAGGAAGCAUCCAAUAAUUAAUUCUUGGGUAAACGGUACCGAAGAUAGUGAUAGAAAAUCAGUAAAAAGAAUUAAUGAGCUACAAACUCCUCAGACAGUACAACUAAUGCCUAAGUUUUCCUAAACUCCUCAAGUAUCGACUCAGAAAGGCAAAGAUCUUACAAAUUAAUAGUAAAGUUAUCAAUCAAUGGGCUAAGCUCUAAAGAAUGAGGCAAGAAAAGUAAUCAAUGGUGUUUAUAAAUCCUUAUUCUAGAACUAAGAUGAGGCAAAGAUGACUUCUGAUCAAUCAAGCAGAUAGAAUUCCCAACCCCAAACCAAGAAAAGACCUAAAACUUCAAGUAAAGAUAAAAAUAAAUUAGAGCAAAACAGUAGCAAUCAAAAGAUUAAAACCAAUGGAUCAAAGGAAAGAAACAUUUCAAAUACUGGAAAUGGCACUGCGAAUUCUAGUUCACAAAAAAAUUUCUCUCCAUUGUAAACUGAAAGUAGAAAGAAAUAAGUUAUGAUUAAUUCAACACAAAUUAGCAACCUAUAGCUUGACCUAUCAAAGACAAACGGAAUGUCAUAAACACCUUAAUAUUCUAGUUCAAAAAUCAAUUCUAUACCAUAGAAAGGAACAAGUGCAAGAGCUGGCCAUUCAAAGAUAAUGUCAAAUGCUAUCAUAAGUGCAUCCUAAAAUUUGGCAGAGAAAGAGAGGAAUAAAAAUGCAACAACUCAUAAUUCUAGUAGAAAUUCUGUAGAAAGACUAAGAGCAGAGAAGAAGAAUGAGGAAAUUACAGCAAGUAAUUCCAGUACUAAUGGCUUCUUAAAUCAUUUAAGAGCUCAAUCUGCUAAAAAGAAGCAAGUAUCUUAACCCAGAGAUCAAGAUAUGACAGGAGUUUUCAACAAUAACGUAACUCCUCAAUCUAAGAAUUUCACUGUGACUACAUUCUUGAGUAACUAUAAUAAGAAAAGCAGCACAACAUAGGACUCAAGUUAGCCAUCUUAGAAUUCUACUUCUAACUAGACUAAAUUGAUCCAUCAGCUAGAAACUCCACCAAGCAAAUCAUAACAUAGUCAUUUGAUGGGUAAAGUAUCAACCUAAUCACCCUCCAUUAUGAAUAAUAAAACUUACUCAAGUUCAAAAAAGACAAAGCAAAUAACAACUUCACAAAGCUAAAAACGAGUGCCAUCUAAUGAAAGCGUAAAACGUAAUCUAAACGAUAAUCUUAACACUCCAAACAGUGUAAGAACCAAUAAAGAAGCAGGCAAGAGUCCAGGCAAGAUAUUUAACUUUGACAAGAAUGCACAGUCCCCAACUUAACAUAGUAAUCAGCAAUAGGUUGGAGGCAGCUUGAACAGUAUAAGAGAAGAAGGAUACUCUACUUUGCUUAAGAAUGUGUCUUCUCAAUAACAAUUUAAAUCUAGCAAGAUAAAUACCUCACAGACUAGAAAGCCUGAAUCAGCUUAAUCAUCCAUAUCUUAGUCUCAUAACUUGCAACAGUAUGCCGAUAAAAAAAGUAAAUAUUUAAAUUUAAUCUUUGGUUCAGUUCAAAACAUGAAGGGAGUCAGAAUAGUCAACAAUAAUAACAACUCGAUGUCUAAUAAGUUUUAAGUUUCAACUACGAGUAACAACAUCAUAAAUGGGGCUAAUCAAUAGAACCAGUAAGAUAAGGAUGUGAGUGGCCAAUACUCUUAAAGUGCUAAAAAUGGGAAAAUCUAAAAUAUUCUAAGUGACUAUGAAAGAACCAAGAACUUUAACUAAGAACUUAUGAAGAACAUUGGUUCUCCAAAAGGUCCGAUAUUUGCAAGAGUAGGCGGAAAUGUACCGAAUAUAAAUCAGUAGCCUUAGUAACAACUUUCGUAAUACUAGCAGUAUGAAAAUUGA